AUGGCUAGCCCAGCCUUCAAACGUAACGCGGAUCAUCUUUCCAGCCCAGCUUCAGACACCAAGAAGCCAAAAGGAAGGAGCAUUACUUCUUUCUUCGGUAUCCCCAAGCCCAAGCCAGUCGACACACAAGCCACCGGCGUCGCGCCAGCUCCCCGGUCGAGCUCUUUCAAUAAAGACAAAUGGGUGGCAUCCCUCACCCCAGAGCAGAAAGACUUACUGCAAUUGGAGAUUGAUACAUUGGAUGAAAGUUGGCUUGCCCACCUUAAGGAAGAAAUCACCACAGUCGAGUUCUUGAACCUGAAGCGAUUCUUGAAGAAGGAGAAGGACUCUAAAACGAAAGUCUUCCCUCCGGAUGAAGAUGUCUAUUCUUGGUCCCGACUUACCCCAUUGCACACGGUUAAGGUAGUGAUUGUGGGCCAGGAUCCCUAUCAUAAUGAUAACCAAGCCCAUGGGCUGGCAUUCUCUGUGCGACCUCCGACCAGAGCUCCGCCGUCAUUGGUCAACAUUUACAAAGGGCUCAAGAAGAAUUACCCAGACUUUGCUCCACCGCCAAAUAAUGGUGGCCUGCUUACACCUUGGGCCGAACGGGGUGUACUGAUGCUCAACACCUGUCUCACAGUGCGUGCCCACCAGGCCCAUAGCCACGCCAGGAAGGGGUGGGAGACAUUUACACAAAAGGUUAUUGAUUUGGUUGCUCGAGUUCGAACUCAUGGGGUUGUAUUUCUUGCCUGGGGAAAGCCCGCCGCGCUGCGGGUGGCUAAGGUCGACCGCCAAAAGCAUCAUGUGCUCCAAUCAGUACACCCGAGUCCACUAAGUGCGCAUGGAGGAUUUUUUGACAAUGGCCAUUUCAAGAAAUGUAACGACUGGCUUGCUUCACGGUAUGGCGAUGAUCAGGUAAUUGAUUGGAACCUUGUGCCAACAAAGGCCAAAUCAGCUAUUCCUUCUGAUAAAGAGAAUUCAUCAAUUUUGGCCAAUGCUGUAUCAGUGACAAACAAGGUAUCGACCCCUUCACGUCCUGAUGAGAGUCUAAAGGCUCCCACUGGUUCUGCUGAUGAAUUCGACGAUGCGGAUGCCCUUGAAGCCUUAGCAGCAAUGGAGGAGGAAGAAUUCGCUAAACCAGUCUGA